AUAUCCCGAGACCACUUGAAAGCUAAGUCCUGCGAGGUCUUAGAAGAGUAAUAGAGACAAGAGGCGAAGCGCGAUUGGGUCCUUCUCCGCUUCCGUUCGAGAGACAGAUCGAAUUCCUUCGAUAUGGUUUAUCUACAGCCAGACCCAUUUCUCAAUGAGCUUACAAGUAUGUAUGAGCGGAACCAAGAGAAGGGUUCUGUGUGGGUCACCCUCAAGCACUCAUCUAUGAAAAGCAAGGCAAAGCGUAAGAAAAUGGAGACUGAAGGAGAAGCAAUUGAAUACAGAUGCCUUGUUCGUGCUACUGAUGGCAAAAAGACCAUCGCCACUUCGCUCUCUGCAAAGGAUCACCAGAAAUUCCAAGCUUCUUAUGCAACAGUCCUUAAAGCUCACAUGAAUGCAUUGAAGAAGAGGGAAAGAAAGGACAAGAAAAGGACUGCUGAGGUUGAACAGAAGCCAGCGUCAUCAAAGAAUCCCGGGUCGUCGAAGAAGCCACUGCCUACGAAGCCCCCACUUUGAGGUACAUUUCAUAUUCUUAUGUUAGUUUUGAUUGACAGCAGAUCUUACCUGCUUGAAAUCCUCAUGUUUCACUGGAUGAGAAUCUGAGAAAUGCCCAUUCAUUUGAUUUUUCUUGGUUGCUGUUUUGCAUGGGCAUAAGGUAAACUGUGAAUAUUGGAUAGAGGUGAGAUUUAGACCUUCAUUUGUGAGGAAUUUGCAUGUUCCCUUGUUCAAUUAUAGUUCGACUAAAAUCCGAAAUGCCGACAGGAUUUUCAGCAAAUAGCUUCCAAUACCUUUGUCUUCAUCCCCAGUUUCUAGGUGGAUACAAUUUGUAAUACUGCUCUUGGUUGACUACAAUGUUAUUACUGUUUGGUUUCUUGCA